CGGGUACCAUCACUCCUUAAAGAACCAAAACGAUAACACCUGAGUGGCACAUCGGAAACAGGACGGGAAGCUGAGUGCAAGCAGAGUGGGUUUCCACAUCAUAUAACUGCCUUCCAUGUGCUAUUAUGUCCCGGACACAGAAGGAGCUGAGAGGUUUCCAUUUCCUCUCACGGUGUGAAAAAAAAGCCCAGACUGUGGAGUUCCAUCGUCGAGAUGACGUCUCACAUGGCACUGUGCAAACUCUUUCCUCUGGUUCUGGUGGCGGCUGUGGUGCUCACUGUGAAUGGGAUAAUAGGAGAUCCCCUGUUUGAAUGCCUCCAAGACACAGACUACAGCGAGCUUCUUGACAUCGUGAAGAAAGGUCUUCCUGCUACAAAGACGCCUCGACACGUAGCAAUCGUCGGCGGGGGCAUCGCUGGACUGACGGCUGCCAAGUUUCUAGAAGAUGCUGGACAUAAGGUGACCAUAAUCGAGGCCAGUAAUCGUAUCGGAGGACGUGUGGAGACCUUCAGGAACAGAAGAGAGGGCUGGUAUGCAGAACUGGGGGCCAUGAGGAUCCCAAGCUUUCAUAAGAUUUUGCUUUCUUUUGCGUCCAAAUUACAAAUACCUAUGAACCGCUUCAUCCAAGAUGACAUCAACACCUACUACUUGGUAAAUGGAGAGCUACAUAAAACCUAUACAGUUGAAAACAACCCCAGCGUGCUCAACUACAGCUUGUCUGACAGGGAGAGGGGGAAAACGGCCGCUCAGCUCUUCAGCCAGGCGCUGUGGAAGGUGAGAGAUGAUGUGAAGGCAAUCGGCUGUAGUGCCACAUUGGAUAAAUAUGACUCCUACACAGUGAAGGAGUAUCUGGUGAAGGAGGGCAAUCUGAGCCGUGGAGCCCUGAGGAUGAUUGGGGACAUCCUGAAUGAAAACAGCCUCUUCUACACAUCACUGAUCGAGAUGAUGUACAUGCAGACAGACAUCAGUGACAACGUUGAGUACUUUGAGGUGACUGAUGGCUUUGAACACCUGCCCAGAGCUUUCUAUCAGGUCUUAAAUGCCACCAUCCUCCUCAACUCCAAGGUCAAGCUCAUAAACCAGACAGGUGGUAGAAAUGUGACCAUCACCUAUCAGGACCAGCACAACUCCCUGACUAACCUAACGGUGGACUACACCCUGGUCACUGCCACAGCCAAGGCCACCCUGUUCAUUGACUUUCAGCCCCCUCUCUCUGGGGACAAGAUGGAGGCCCUGCGCUCAGUUCACUACACCAGCUCCACAAAGGUGGUGCUUAGUUUCAAGGAGCGCUUCUGGGAUAAAGAGGGCAUCAGAGGAGGGAAGAGCAUCACAGACCGUCCCGCUCGCUUCAUCUACUACCCCAGCCACAGCUUCCCCGGGACAUCCGCAGGUGCACUGCUGGCAUCCUACACCUGCUCUGACGACUCCGCCCUCUUCCAGGGCAUGAAUGAUGGGGAGCUGAUGGCUGUGGUCCUGGAGGACUUGGUGAAGAUCCAUGGAGAGUACAUCAGGCCUUUGUGGACAGGGGGGCUGGUGAAGAAGUGGGGCUUGGAUCCUUACAGUCUGGGAGCCUUUGUCCUGUUCACACCUUACCAGCAGGGGCACUAUGCCAGAGAACUGUUCCAGAGUGAGGGACGGGUACACUUUGCAGGGGAGCACACAGCCACACCUCACGGAUGGAUCGAAACGUCCAUCAAGUCUGCACUCAGGGCAGCUAAAAAUGUUAACAGUCUUACACUGUAGUGUUUCAUGCAGCAAACAUUUAUUCCAUGUUCACUCCUUUAUCGUCUGAUUUCAUGAACACUGUUCCAGCUCAGUGCUGUGUGCUCCUGGAACCCCCAAGCCUCUGGAGAGCUAACUUUGGUGGCCGUACCCUGAGACGGAUAACAGGCAGUAGUAGUAGUAG